CCUCCGCGAGCUCCGCGGUGCAGGCGCGCGCGGGACGCGGGAGGAGGAGAAGCUCGUCUGCCCUCCGCGAGAUUUACCUCGUUUUACUGCGGCACGUGUCUGAAUAAAUCGGAUGCGGAAAGUUUGAGUGCAGAAGCGAAUGGGUGAUCAUCGCCCCGAACGGCUCUCUGUGAUGACAAGAAGAAUGAGGAGGAAGGGGAGAUGAUGAUGAUGAUCAUGAUGAUGAUGACGACGACGACGACGAAGAAGAAGAACUAGAAGAUGAAGAUGAAGAGGAGUCAUGCCUGGUUCCUCUCCCUGCGGGGGUUCGGGUUCUGCACAGCCGCUCUGCUGCUUCUCACUCUCGGAUCAUUGAUGUACCAGCUAGACGGAGGACCUCCGAGGGUCCUCGUGGACAUCCGGCACUACUUGGGGGAGUCCACCUUUGCUGAUGAUCAUGGCCCACCCCCAGCCAAGGUGCUGCCCUUCCCCAGCCAGGUGCUCUACAACCGAGUGGGCAAGUGUGGCAGCCGCACCGUGGUGCUGCUCCUCCGCAUCCUGGCUGAGAGGCACCGGUUUACCCUGGUAUCUUCAGACAUCCACAACAAGACCAGACUGUCCAAGCAGGAGCAGAUGGACCUGAUGAAGAACAUCAGCAGUCUCCCCCAGCCAUUCCUCUACACCCGACAUGUUCAUUUUCUAAACUUUAGCAGGUUCAGCAUAGAGCAGCCCGUGUACAUAAACAUCAUACGGGACCCAAUCAGCCGGUUUCUGUCCAACUACUUCUUCCGCCGCUUCGGCGACUGGAGGGGUGAGCAGAAUCACCUGAUCCGGACUCCUGGGAUGAAGGACGAUGAGCGAUACCUGGACAUCAACGUGUGCAUUCUGGAGAGCUACCCAGAGUGUUCCAACCCCCGGCUCUUCUACAUCAUCCCCUACUUCUGUGGACAGCACCCCCAGUGCAGGGAACCGGGGGUGUGGGCGCUGGAGCGGGCCAAGCAGAACGUACUGGAGCACUUCCUGCUCGUGGGGGUUCUGGAGGAGCUGGAGGACGUGCUGCUGCUGCUGGAACGUCUGCUGCCUCACUUCUUCUCCGACGUGCUCACCAUCUACAAGAGCCCAGAUUACAGGAAGAUGGGCAACCUGACGGGCACAGUGCGCAAGCACACCCCCUCUUUGGAGGCCCUCCAGGUGCUCUACCAGCGAAUGAGGUACGAGUACGAGUUCUACAACUUCGUCCAGGACCAGUUCCACCUGCUCAAGAAGAAGAUCGGGCUCAAGUCGGCGUCGCCCCCGACCCGGCAGCCGAGCUUCCUGAGGGACCUGGCGCUCAAGACCCAGGAGCCUCUGGAGUUGGAUGAGGAGGAGGAGGAGGAGGAACCGGAGGACGAGGAGCUGGAGGAGGAAAACAGCUGGCUGGUGCAUCCCUGAGCGCUGCCAUGGAGAAUGCGGCGUGGCCAGCCCUGGUUGCCAGGAGUUGGGAGUUUGCUAGCUGUUGACGACACCCGCGACAACUCGCCAAAAGCCGUCUGGACGGCAAAGAGCUCGUUCACCGUGAACUUUCAUCAAUAGACGGUUUGUCGGUUGGAGGUAAUGAUGGGAGAAACCAUCCCUCCGAGGGGGUUCGUCGGUCGCUGCAAGGCCUUCUGGGAUCGUACCCGGGUCUGAGAGAACAUUCUGUCCAGGGUCAGUCGUGUCCCUUCCACCGUCAUUCGGACCUGUCCCAACCGGCCCCGAGAAGGACAGGAAGCCCACCUGCGAGCAAGUGGGCGUGGCUCUGUGAGGUCAGACCCCUGUGUUGCACCUUUGGGCGUACCUAGGUGUGUUGGUCUACAUGUUCAUGCUGUCUCCCUCACCAUCCUCCACUAGAAGUAGUGGAUGGAGCAAUGGGUUCAUAUGCAUGAGGACUGUGGCUGAGCGAGGACGAGAUCCGCUCGCCGAGGAGCGCUUUGGAACUUAAGACAAAGGUCCCGGAAUAUGAAUUCUGCCCAUUCAGGACAAUGGCUCCUCAACUUAUAAAUGCAGUCUGUUUUGAACUCGCUUUGUUCACGACUCCAAAGUAACGGUCAAUAAAAGGUCAGUAAUACAGAUGCCCCUUGAUUGUUAGGUUAUGGAGAAAAAAAAAAAAAAUCUCAGCGAAAAAGUUAUAGUUCUAAUACAUUAAAAAAUAUGGAAUUUGCUUACGUAUUUUUACGGACUUUAAUCUGCACGAUUGUCCGAGCAACAGAGGGCAGUGAAGAAUAUUUACUUUCAACAUUCCUCAUGUUAUCAUUGGUCAGGAACUCUCUGGAACAGCAGACAGGAGCUGUAAACACUGUGCAAGUGAGUUGAAUUAAGGCGGUUAUUGAGGCGUGAAUUAAGGCACAGGCUCCCGUUCUGAUCGACUGCUCUUUACUCAGAGGGUAAACACAGGUUGUAUCCACUGUGUUGCACACAGAAACUUCAGAAAAAUGGAUUUGAGCCGAAGUGAGUGAAGUUAACGCAAAUAACCAAUAACAAUAAUAAUGAUAAUAAUUAAAAAAAUAUCGUUAACCAGGGGCAGCAGCUCCUCUUUGAAUCCAAAACUGAUGCUUCGAAUCUCAGCUGCUGCUGUAGUACCCUUGAGCAAGAUACUCUCAACUGCUGCAGUAAA